GCCCCAUGCACCUCCAGCGUCAGCCGAGCCCGACGCCCCCCGGGGGCGCAGAGCCCUUUCUCAGGAAGCGGCUGGCCUUCCUGUCGUUCUGGGACAAGAUCUGGCAGCGGGUGAGUCGGAGGACAGCACCCCCGGGCCCCGGGGCUCCGACACCGCUGCCACAGGCCCAGCGCCCAAGCCCUUCGCAGAACCCUGAGUCGCUCUCUGCGCCCCAAGCGCAGCUCUUCCACGCGCUCUACGACUUCACCGCGCGGCGCGAGGAGGAGCUGAGUGUCAGCCGCGGGGACAGGCUCUACGCCCUCAAGGAGGAAGGCGACUAUAUCUUCGCCCGCAGGCUCUCGGGCCCGCCCAGCACCGGUCUGGUGCCCAUCAACUACGUUGCCAAAGCUACCCCUGAGACGCGCUCAGACCGACCCUGGUACUUCUGUGAGAUCAACAGGACCCAGGCCCAGCAACUGCUCUUGUCCCCUGCUAACGCUCCAGGGGCCUUCCUCAUUCGGCCUAGCGAGAGCAGCCUUGGAGAUUACUCGCUGUCAGUCAGGGCCCAGGCCAAAGUCUGCCACUACCGCAUCAGUACAGCCCCCGGGGGCAGCCUCUACCUGCAGGAGGGCCGGCUCUUCCCCAGCCUGGAGGCUCUGCUCACCUACUACAAGGCCAACUGGAAGCUGAUCCAGAACCCACUGCUGCAGCCCUGUGUGCCCCAGGACAAACCGGGAGGCAGGACCCUGCCAGAAGCCCACCCUGCCCAGCCCUUCUGCCCACUCUGCCAGGGGAACAGCCGGCAGGGCCCUGAGUGGCCUUCCCUGCAGAGGCCCCCAGCACUUUAUGAGUGGGAGCGACCUCGCUCGGAAUUUGUCCUCGGGAAGAAGCUGGGUGAAGGCUGCUUUGGGCAAGUGUGGGAAGGCCUGUGGCACGGCUCUGUGCCCGUGGCAGUCAAGAUCAUCAAGUCAGCAUCCUCUCCUGCAGCGAACAUGAAGAUGGCUGACCUCUCCAAGGAGAUCGAGGUGCUGAAGACCCUGAGGCACGAGCGGCUCAUCCGGCUGUACGCGGUGUGCUCCCACGAGGAGCCUGUGUACAUCGUCACGGAGCUCAUGCGCAAGGGCAACCUGCAGUCCUACCUGGCCAGCCCAGAGGGCCAGGCCCUGAGCCUGCCUCUCCUGCUGAGCUUUGCCUGCCAGGUGGCUGAGGGCAUGGGCUACCUGGAGGAACAGCGUGUGGUCCACCGGGACCUGGCUGCCAGGAACGUGCUCGUGGGAGAUGACCUUACUUGCAAGGUGGCUGAUUUUGGCCUGGCCCGGUUGCUCAAGGAUGACAUCUACUCCCCAAGCAGCGGCUUCAAGAUCCCUGUCAAGUGGACGGCACCUGAAGCCGCCAACUACCGCAUCUUCACCCAGAAGUCAGAUGUCUGGUCCUUCGGCAUCCUGCUCUAUGAGGUCUUCACCUAUGGCCAGGGUCCCUAUGAAGGAAUGUCUAACCAGGAGACACUGCAGCAGAUCAGCCGAGGAUACCGACUGCCCUGCCCGGCCGCCUGCCCGGUGGAGGUCUACACACUCAUGUUGAGGUGCUGGAAGGACAGCCCAGAGGAGCGGCCCACCUUUGCCAUGCUGUGGGAGAAGCUGGGCACCAUGCACAGGUGCCUCCACCUGGGCCUCUUGUGACCAGAGCUCCGGCCAUGGGUGGCGGCCAGGGCCAGUGGUCUCUGCAGGGUGACCCGAAGUCAAGGCUGCACAGCUGAAAACCAAACCAGUCACUGUGUGGGCCUCCUGUGCCGACACGUAGGGACCCAGACACUCACAGAUGGAGCUCAGCCACCCACACACACCCAGACGGCAGAGGGGGCCAAAGUCCUUUGCCUGGUGUAGCCUGCGUGCUUAGUGUCUCCAGAAGGACAGAGGAAGCAGAGUGGAGCCUCCCAGAGACACUGGGUGGAGAUGCUGUAUCUGGCCUUGUGCUGGACCUCCUGGACUCCAGGGGGAAGGGUGGGAAGGUUCCCGCAGGUCCCACUGUGGUUUGCUCACGCACCCAGUGCAGGGGCUCCCAAGCAGACUCAAUGGCCCAUGUGUGCAUAUAGGGGCUGGCAUUGUCCCCUGUCCCCUGCAGGCACAUGUGGCUGCACCCAGUAAAGGUGUUCUGAUUGACUCGGACGUGGACAUGGACAUGUUGCAC